GCAAUGGAUUUUAAGGUGAAAUAUCCAUGGGCUGAGCAAAGAGUUUACUGCAGCAACCUUGGGAAUCUACAUCGACAUCCUUCAUUUCAGAAAGACUAUGACAAAUGGACCGAGGAGACAGUCAAACGCGGAGGACCUAUGGUGAACAUUCUACUCAAAAGACUUGACUGGGAUGGACCGCCAGCUCUUCCUAACAAGACGGGCGCUGGGGGGACAACGGAACCUGAUUAUUUCACAGUUGACAUCCCGGAUGAGUUGGUACGCGUUGUCAUAAACGACUGGCCGUACUCAGUCCCCCUGGAUGUAACUCAUUUCAUCAUUUGGUCUCGGGUACCAUUCGUACAUGAGAUGGUAACCCCAUACAGGAUUAAGGAUCGGGUGGCACGAGAUGGCUUGUGGGGUUUUACUGGCGGAAUAACGCAGCCAAAAGCGAGUGACAAAGACGCACAUUUAAUCCGUCAAGCAAGCAUUGAGAUACAGAUGUUUGUCGAACAAGUGUGGCCUGAGGACGAAUGGGAGACAGCAUGGUUUAUGAAUCCUUUGCGCUUGCAAAGUGUGCCAGGCUUGGCUCAUACCCAUGUAUUUGCGAAGCCAAAAGUGACGCUUGUCACCGAGGGUACUGGCGAAAUUUCCGAAUCCCCAUCGCAAUAGACUGGUGUCUAGCAUUAGAGCGAAU